CCCCACAAUCCAUUCGCGCCAGGUUGACUUAAAACAUCCAGCACGUAUUGUCUACCAAUUGACUCCAAUCUCUCACUAUGGCACCAAAUUACCCACAACGCAAGAUCGGAAACGACAAUGUCUCUGCUGAGGGGCUCGGAUGCAUGGGCAUGUCGUUUGCCUACACCUCAUUCGGCGGAUACGACAACGAGCAGUCGUACAAGGUGUUGACGAAAGCUGCCGACCUGGGCGUGAACCUCUGGGACACGAGCGACAUCUACGGCCCUCACACCAACGAACAGCUCAUCGGCAAAUGGUUCAAGGAGACUGGACGCAGAGACGAAAUCUUCCUCUGCACCAAGUUCGGUAACCUUCGCAUCGACGGGAAGCCGGCUGUGAGAGGCGACUUUGACUACGUCAAGGAAGCAUGCCAGGCCAGCUUGGAUCGACUUAACACCGAUCACAUCGACCUGUACUAUCAACAUCGUGUUGACGACAAGGUCCCCAUCGAAGAGACUGUGCGAGCGAUGGUAGAGUUGAAGAACGAGGGCAAGAUCAGGUACCUCGGACUGUCGGAAUGCUCGGCAAAGACACUGAGGAGGGCAUACGCCGUGCACCCCAUUGCCGCCGCUCAGAUGGAGUUCAGCCCCUUCGCGUUGGAGAUCGAGUCCGAGCAGACUGAGUUUUUGAAGACGGCGCGAGAGCUGGGAGUCAAGAUCAUCGCGUACUCGCCUAUUGGCCGUGGCUUCCUGACGAACACGAUCAAGAGUCGCAAGGACUUUGAUGAGGGUGACAACCGCCUUCAGCACCCUCGAUUCAGCGAAGAGAACUUUGGCGCGAAUCUCAACCUGGUACAGAAGCUGGCGGACAUUGCGGAGAAGAAGGGAUGCAGCGCGGGACAAUUGUCUCUGGCGUGGGUACUUGCGCAAGGCGAGGACUUUAUCCCGAUUCCGGGCACCAAGCGAGAGAAAUACCUCGAGGAGAAUGCGAAGGCGGUCAAUGUGACAUUGAGCAAGCAAGAAGAAAGCGAGAUUCGCAAGGCCAUUGAGAGCGUCGGAGGCUCGAAGGGAUCUCGUUACCCAGAAGCCAUGAUGUCCCGGUUGUUCGGUGACAGUGCUCCCCAGAAGGCCUAAGGGCACCGCCGCGGCGGUGACCGGGGGGAACAUGUGACGCAAAGACGAGUGGAAAUGAACAGCGUCUCAGCACGCGCGCACAUGGCUGCAGGAAAUGCGGUUACACAACAUGAAUCUACCAGACCCCACCGAGUCUUCCACUCCACCGCGUCUAUCAGCAUCGAAUCAAUGUACAUCGUGGAAGGGGAGACUGCCCAAAGCAUCUGACUGUCGCCUUGCGUCGCCGUUUGUUUCAGGUGAGUUUGCAUGUUCCACAGACACCCCGACCCUGCAUGGUCGCUCCUUCCUCGACAAGGCUAUAAGCGCGAAUCACGAUCAUCACACAACAAUAAUAAAGCC